AAAAAAAAAAAAAAAAAAAAACCUCUCCGGUUUCGCUAUUGUCUCUCUCUACUCACAGAGAUGAAACUCUGCAUCUCACACCCUGCCGCAAAAUGUCCAGCAGCGCUUCUGCCGGCGCCUCCACCGGCAGCGGUAGCGGUGGCGGUAGUGGAAGUUCCGGUUACUUCCUUAGGAACCUCACCAGCCUGGGUCUUGGCUACGCUAUUGCCAUCGCUUUAGGGUUUCUUGUCCUCCUCUCCAUUGUCCUUCUUGCCUCCUACGUCUGCUGCCGCGCCCGCUCCCGUUCUCGCUCUUCAAACCCAGGUAGCUCUGACUCUAACUCCGGCUCCUCAAUUGUUAACGGUGUUAUCCUCCCUCGCAUUAUCUUCGUUGCCGAAGACGACGACGGCGGCGGAGACGAGGAGAAUGGUGUUGGGCUCGAUCAAAUGGUCAUCAAUUCGUACCCAAAGUUCCCGUUCUGCAAGCAGAGGGAUCGUGGGAGUGGAGAUUCCAUGUGUUCGAUAUGUCUUUGUGAUUACAAGGACGGGGAGAUGCUGAGGAUGAUGCCCGAUUGUCGACAUUUCUUUCAUCUGUGUUGCAUAGAUGCUUGGUUGAGGCUUAAUGCUUCUUGCCCUGUUUGUCGCAAUUCUCCGUUACCCACUCCGUUAUCGACCCCACUGUCGGAGCUCGUGCCGUUGUCGCAGUAUCCAGGGGAUCGGAGGAGGUGAUGCUUUGUCCUCGCCCUGCUUUAUUUUGUUUUGUUUUCACUUUUCUGUAAAUUUUGACUUAGCAAAGUUCUUGGGCUGUUACAAAGAUUAAAGCUUUUUUUUUUUUUGGUUUCUUUCAUAUGUUUUUUGGGGCUAUGUUUGAUAUUUUAGUUAUCUGAGGCAAUGGGUACCAAUGUAUUUUGCUUUUAGUUAGGGUUUAGGUUUGAUUAGUAAAGAAUGAAAGAAAGAUUAAAUUCA